GGUGUGGCUGGAGGCCAGUGUCUGCCCCGCCAUGGCGCUGCUCUUGUUCCACUGUAAACAAUACUACUCUCACCUAGUCUAAACUAGGUGUUUACACACGCCAGCCUUUACUCUUAGGCCUACACACUAGUGCAACAGAAAUUAUGAGGUGCUAUCUUGGCUAAUUUACUGCUUCGUACUACUGAAAAUUUAAACAAAAUGGAUGCAGGUGUCCUUAGGAUGGAGGAUGAUCCAGAUGGCAAUAGUCAGCAAGUUGCUGUGAUUAUGACUGGCCAGGUAUAUCGAGAUGCUGGGUUGAAGUAUAGUAAACAUCCUGUAGUAGAAGGACUUCUCUAUGAUAAACUGUGCAAGAUUGGUAAACACAAGCUUAGAGAUGAUGUUCGAAAAAUGGCCCUACACAUUGCAAUGUCGGUGUCUGACCAUGAAUUUCGACCAACUGUAGCUUGGCUAGACAACUUCAUGCGCCGAUUCUGCCUCUCGAAGAAAAAAAUGGGAUUCCACAGCUCAGCCAUGUUGAAGCAAAAGGUUUCAGGUAAACAAGCAGUUGUAAGAAUACCUUCUCCUAAAACUCCCAAAAUGAACGAGGUAACGCAAGAGGAAGUUUUCAGUGUCCUGGGGAUUAAUUUAGAAUUGGGCAAUGGUGUUAGUAAUGAGAACAAGAAAGAUGACACAUCACUAAUAAGAAAUGAAGAGUCCAUAGAAGCUGUUGCUGGUGGAGUGAAUGGCUCAAAAGUUGAAUUGAAUGGGGAAAAAUUGACUGAUGAUGAUGUUCCUAAACAAGAAAAUGAGCUGAAGGAUGAAAAUAAUGAACACAAUACAAAAAACAGUCAAGAUAAUGAAACCUGUUCAAACAUUGAGGAACCCGGAAUAAAGAAGGAAUUAAAUGCUGAAGUAGAUUUAGUUUCAGAGAAUGAUACUUGUGUAUCCACUCAUAGUGUUGCAACAAACAUAGAUUCCUCUGACAAGGUGAAUGUAGAUCUUAAAGAUGCAAAUAAUAAAGCUUGUCUGAAUUCAGAUAUUGAGGAAUCCAUAAUAAAAAAGGAAACAGUAGUAGAAGAGACAGUUUCAAAUAGUAAUACUUGUGUAUCCACUCAUAAUAUUGCAAUAAAUGUAGAUUCUGCUGACAAGGAAGUAAAUGUAGAUCUUAAAGAUGCACACAAUAAAGCUUGUCUGAAUUCAAAUAUUGAAAAUAAAAUGGAGGUUCAAGAAAACAUAGUAAUGGAAGAACACUCUGAAUCAUACUCUGUUAUUGAAAAAGCAAGCAGUUUGCCACUGAAAGAGAGUGAGGCAUGUGAUGAGUUAGUUGCUGAAAAAGAGCCAGUAUCAAAUGAAAAAGAAAGUAAUGAUAUUGAAAAAAAAAUUAAUAAUUCAGAAAUGGAGAAGUCUGUGGUUGAAGAUUUGGAUAAAGAUAUAGAACCAAUGGAAGAAGGCAAGAAAUUGAAUUCAUUGAAUGCUACAGAUAAAGAAAAAGAAAGUGAAGUUGAGGAUGUAGACAAAAGUGUUGACAAUGCCAUAAAAAUGAAAACAGUGGUUGAGGAUUCAGGCAAUGAGGCAGAACAAAUGAGUGAAAGAAAAGGACCAGAUUCAUCAAAUAAUUCAGAUAAUGGAAAUGAAGAGGAUACCUCAGAUUCUGGAGAACAUGAUGACGAUGGUUCCAACUCUAGUGAUGACAGUUCUGAGGAUAAGGAAAACAGUGACACACUAGAUGAAGAGGACAAAGAUGGGAACCCAAAGUCAGAAGAGAGCCAGAAAGAAGAAAAGAAGGCCAGACAAGAGGAUGAAAAUAUUACGUAUUCGAAGGCAGAGAACAAAUAUUAUCGUAAAAAUUUGGAGGCUCUUAAAAAGCGACUUGCUGAAACAGUCAUCCGAUGCACAUCUUGUAAUGAGCAAGUAAAUCAUCAGUUGAGGUCCUUGGUUCACACACAUCCUGUACUUAAAGUCUUCAUUUGCAAGAGAUGCCGGAAAUACUACGGCAGAGGCAAAUUUUGCAAAGAUGAAGAAGGUUAUGAUGAAUACUGCCGUUUGUGUGCAGAGGGAGGAGAUCUUCUAUGCUGUGAAAGAGAGGACUGCUUCAACGGUUUUUGUAAGGUAAAAUACUCCAUUAUGAAAAAGCAAGCAAAGUACCAAAUGAUAGCUUUCAUAGCUUGCUUAAGGAAACCAUUGAGAAUAUGUCAGAGAUGCUGUCUUUAUGCCUCAAAAAUGUUAAUAAUAAUUGAAUCUAAAUGGAAUGUAGGUCAGUAUUCUCAAGUAGCAACAGAAAAAGCUGGAAAACAUGUGUUGAAACAGCUACAUGCCAUACAGAAUAACUUCAAAAUAAUGGAGAAUGAAUUGGAAAGCAAUAUUAGGCUUUAUAUUGCUGGAAUGUGUAAAACAGAGUCUAUAGGUAAUGUUGAUGCACAAACUGAGGAGAGUGUUGCACGCACUAAAUCUGCCUCCAGAAUUAAUGAAAGUGUGGAAAGUGAUUCCAGAUUUUCAAAGAGGCUGAGGAAAAUAAACAGAGAAUCUGUCAGGGAAUCUAUUGAUGAUGAUGAUUCUGAAGCAGAACUUCAGAAAAGUUCUAGCACUAAAACUUUAAGAAAAUCUAGUAGGAGAAAGUUGAGUAAAAGUGAAAAAGCUGAGAGUGAUAAUGAAGAAAUAGUAAAAGAAGAAAAUAAAAGGAGCACUAAGAGAGUUGAUCAGUCUGCAAGAAAUGGAAUGCUAGACAGUGGAGAGAGUGAAGAAGAAAGAUCUGAGAAAUUGGAUAAAGUUGAUUCAAGAAAAAAGAGAUCUUUAAGGAGACAAGAUGAUGGUGAUAGCAGUAUGAAAGAGUGUGACGAUGAGGCUUGUGAUGAAGAAGCCGUGAAAGAAAAAGAGAAAGAGGGUGUUGGUCGUAUAAGAGUUAAGAAGAUUUAUGAAAAAAAAAUAAAAGAAGAGGAUGUUGGUUGUAUAAGAGUUAAGAAAGAAUUAAUGACAGUUGAUGAUGGUGACGGUAUAAAAGACGAAAAAGAAAUAAAUAAAGAGGAUAUUGGUCGUAUAAGAGUUAAGAAAGAUUUAAUGAUAAAUGAAGAUGAUGGUACAGAAAAUAUAAAGGAUGAAAAAGAAUCAAAAGAUCUUAUUGGUCGUAUAAGAAUUAAGAAAAAUUUGAUGGCAGUUGAAGUUGAUACAAAAAAUAUAACGAUGAAAAGAAAUGUUCUUUUGGGACUUGUUGAAGAGAGUUCAGAAAGUUCAGAAGAAGAAGACACUGAUCAAGAAAUGAAAAGACGAGAGGCUGACAGAGAGUCGGUAAAAAAGAGGGAAGGGAGGGACUCGAAAAAAAUGAACAAAGUAUCUAAGGAUGAGGAUGAUGAUGACGACUUGAGUAAAACUAAAAAGAGAAAAAUUUCAGAUAGAAGAAAUAGUAAAAAAACAGGAAGAAGAAGCAAACAAGAGAAGCAUACAAAAUCCAGCAGGAAUCAGAAAAAGAAAGAAAGUGUUGAUGAAGAAAACCGGGAAAAAAAAUGCAUAGCAUCAUUGUUAGCAUCUGAUUCAGACAAAGAUGAAACACAUGAUAUGACACAUGCUGAGAAAGAGACAAAAGAUGAUAGCAAAAUGAUUGUUAGUGAAACCAGUUCAGGGGAAAGUGCUGUUGAAACCAAAAAAAGAACUCUCACAUCUUCAGCAUCAGAAACUGAAAAGAAAGAAAAAAAAUGAAGAAAAAAUCCAAAGAUGGUAAAUCACAGACAAAGAAAUGACAACCAAAAAGCAAAAGCUGCACUCUUGGAAAGUGAAAGUGAAGAUGAUCUUGAAGACAAGCCCAAGCCUCGUUGUAAAAAGAAAAACUAUAAAAUUACUUCUGCCGAUAAUGAUAAAAAUGCAAAACGACAACAUUUAAGAAAAAUUUGGAAUGCACUUACUGAUGAAGAAAGAGAAAUACUGAAAGAAAAGCAGCUGAAUGGAAAAUGUCAGGUGGACCUUAAGGAGAUUGGUCAAGCAAUAAAAGAAAAAAUUGAGGAAGAUGAUUAUGUGUACGUGUCUGAUUUCCCAGAGCUUUACUCAAAUAUUGGACAUGUAUCAGACAGUGAUAACUGUGAUGCAGAUGAAGAAGAAUCUGACAAGGAAUUUACAAAACUAAUGAGUUUCAAGGUGACCAAGUACUCAAAACCUGCACCCAAAAGCAAGAAAAAGUUGGUAGAAUUUGAAUCUGAACAAGAAGAGAAUGUUGAAAAGGAGGAAAGUAAAUUGAAUAAAAAGUUAAAGAAAGAUAAAGUUGUAAAGAAGAAAAAGGAGGGUUUAUUAGAUAUUAAUAUUGAUAAAGAAGAGGAUGAGGAGGAUGAGGAUGAGGUAGAGGAAGAUAAUAAGAAAAAAAAGAAGAAAGAAGGGGGUAUAUCUCUGAAUGAGAAGAUGAAGAAGCAGAUUCUGAUGAGCAGUGAUGAAGAAGUGGAAGAUGAUGAUGGUGAUGAUGAUGAAGAUGAGAAAGAAACAAAUGAUGAUGCAGCUGAGGAAGAAAAGGAAAGAAAAAAAUAUGAAAAGAAAAAGCAAAAGGAGGAGGCAUUGAAACAGAAGGAAGAAAGUUCAAAUGACACAGAAGAGGAGUAUCUUCCAAAGGAAUAUAAAAAAGGGUAUAUGAAUCUUAAUAUAUCAUCUGAUGAUGAAGUAUGUCCUGAGGAUGAAGAGGCUGAAUAUGAGAGCGAUGACGAUGAUGAUGAUGACAGUGACUUCGAAGAAUCACCUAGGAAGAAGAGAGCUUUCCAGAUAUCUUCAUCAGAGAGUGAGGAUGGGAAGAAGAGAAAGAGAAAGAAGGCCUCCUCGUCAGAAUCAGACAGUGAGGAUGAGGACGAGGAGAAACCAAAGUCGAAACGAAAACGGAUAAAGAAAAUGACAUCAUCCUCUGAUGAAGAUGAGGAUGGUGAUAAAGGUUCAAACAAAGAAGAAUCGCCAAGCAAGCACAAAAAAAUUCGACGUGUAAUAAGAGAUGAGGACCUUUUAGAGACCACCAAAAAUGCGACAAUAGAAGAAGAGGAGCGUCGUAAACGUAUUGCAGAACGCCAAAAGCAGUACAACAAGAUAUUUGAAAUUGAUGUGGAAUCUGAUCAAAAGGACUUGGGUAAAUUAGUCUUGGACUUCGACCCAAAAACUAAAUUAGAGCUUGUGUCUGUCCAUGAAAAGCUGGUUAAGUUCUUAAAACCUCAUCAGUUCAAAGGGAUAAAGUUUAUGUGGGAUGCGACUAUUGAAAGUUUAGAGAUGCUGAAGGAUAAGCCUGGCAGUGGCUGUAUUCUUGCUCAUUGUAUGGGUCUGGGCAAAACUCUUCAGGUAAUCACCUUUGUGCACACACUGCUAGUAAAUAAGAAGACUUGCAGGCAGAUUCAGAGAGUUAUGGUCUGCUGUCCAGUCAACACUGUUUACAAUUGGGUCAAUGAAUUCACCAGUUGGCUGAAAGGAAAGAUGCUGCCAUUUGAUGUUGUUGAACUUGCAUCAGCAAAAGAUUUAUGGGGUCGGGCAUAUCGACUAGAUGACUGGUGGAGGGAAGGUGGUGUAUGUAUUAUGGGCUACGACAUGUUCCGAAAUCUCUCCAACUGCAAAUCCAAACGGUAUAAAGGCAAAAUGAAAGAAAUCUUCAAAAAAACACUAAUAAAUCCAGGUCCAGACAUAAUGGUUUGUGAUGAAGGUCAUAUACUGAAGAAUGAGAAUACUGCUCUCUCUAAGGCAAUCAAUCAGAUCAAGACAAGUAGACGUAUUGUGCUUACUGGUACUCCCCUCCAAAAUAACCUUAAAGAAUAUCACUGCAUGAUCCAGUUUGUUAAACCCAAUCUACUUGGCACGAAGAAAGAGUUUAUGAAUCGUUUUGUUAAUCCUAUUGAGCAAGGCCAGUGUGUUGAUGCCAUGCCUAGAGAUGUUCGGAGGAUGAAGAGAAGGGCUCACAUUCUUCAUAACCUACUAGAAGGAUGUGUGCAGAGAUUUGAUUACACAGUCUUGAAGCCUUUCCUGCCUCCAAAGUUUGAAUAUGUUAUAUCAGUACAGUUAUCAGAGAUCCAGUGUAAAUUGUACCAAUAUUAUCUGGAUAAUCUGGCCCAAGGUGGCCCCAAACGCCAAGGAUCAGGCCUGUUUGUGGACUUUGGUUGUCUCUCCAGAGUGUGGACUCACCCUAGGGUUCUGGAGUUGGCUGUCAGAAGAGCACUGUUUAAUGAUGAUGAAGAAGAAAUGGAUGAUUUCAUUUGUGAUGACACAACCACCUCUGAAUCUUCAGAUGAUGAGAGAUCAAGAAAGAAGAAGAAGAAGAAGAAAGACACAAAGAAAAAGAAUGAAGAAUCUGAGGAGGAAGAAAUAAGAGAAGAGGAAGCUGAAAAACCAGGUCCCAUUCCUGGGUUAACUGAAAGUGGUAAAGUACGAGUUGAUUGGUGGAAGAAGGUGCUUGAAGACUUCAUUGGCAAAGAUUAUGAAGAGAAUGAAUAUUUGGACAAAGUGGAGCACAGUGGUAAACUUAUAUUAUUACUGGAUAUCUUAAGAGAGUGCUCUUCUAUCGGUGAUAAAGUGCUGAUUUUCAGUCAGUCUCUAUUGGCCUUGGAUAUGAUUGAAGAUUUCCUUCAGUGGAUAGAUGAAGGGAUCGUGGAAAUGCCAGCACCUGAUGAGCCUCUACCUCUACCCUUCAAACAGUGGAAGAAAGAGCGGGAUUACCUACGUCUUGAUGGCUCAUCUACUGCAGAUACACGAAAGAAUAUGUGCAAGACCUUUAAUAAUCCCUCAAAUGAAAGAUGUCGACUCUUCCUUAUCUCAACUCGUGCUGGGGGUCUAGGUAUCAAUCUGGUUGCUGCUAACAGAGUAAUUAUCUUUGAUUCUUCCUGGAAUCCAUCCCAUGACACUCAGUCCAUCUUCAGGGUAUAUCGCUUUGGACAGAAAAAGCCAUGUUAUGUCUACCGUUUUGUUGCACAGGGAACCAUGGAAGAAAAAAUCUACUCUCGGCAAGUAACUAAAAUGUCAACAGCCUUGCGAGUAGUGGAUGAACAUCAGAUUAAGCGCUAUUUUAAAAUGGAUGAAUUGGCCCAACUCUAUGAGUUUAAUCCAGCCGAUGUUGAAAAACGUGAUAUACCCAUUGUGCCAGAGGAUCGGCUCCUAGCUGAGAUGUUGAAACGACAUAAGCAGUGGAUUGUUGAUUAUCAUGAACAUGACUCUCUCUUGGAAAAUCAAACAAGUGAAGAACUUUCAGAAGAAGAGCGUAAAGCUGCUUGGGAAGACUACGAAAAUGAAAAAAAAGGCUUUAGUAAGUAAUAAAUUUUCAGAUAU